AUGAAAUGUUCUAACAAAUUUCGGGGAUGUUUAGCUCAAGUCAAAAAUCUUCACCCAAGUGAGAUUUCUCAAGUUGAUAUAAUGCUUCAAGCAAAAUUGUUAUACCAUCAAGAUGAAAACAAACAUUUUCUUUUUGAACAUUGUUGGCCAAUCUUGCAAAACAAUAUUAGGUGGCAAGAUGUAACUCCUACGAACACAGUGAAGUCAAGAAUACAUACACCGUUUUCCCCUAAUUCAACCCCCGAUUCUCCUAUGGAUAACUCCAUUUCUCUUGAAGAUGACACCAGUCCAAGUGUUGGUAACAAUCCAACUGUCGGUGAAGGCAGUGUCUCUGCAAGGGGUAAAAGGCCGAUGGGUAGGAAAUCUGCAAAAGAAUUAUUCCGGAGAAAUCAAGUCAUUGAAACUGAAGUCCAAAAAAUGAGCAUACAAUUAGACACAUUUAACCAACACCUUGCUGAGAAAGAAAAGAAAAAAGAGGAAAGAGAAGAAAAAAGGAUUCAAGCACUACAGGAGAUGAAAGAACUUGAGAUGAAAAAGCAUGAGUUUGAGAUGAAAAAGGAAGAACACCAAAUAAUGACUACGGACAUUUCUCAUUUGGACCCUCAGAUGAAAGCGUAUUACACAAUGCGAAAAAAUGAGAUUGUCGCCAAGUGGUCCUCAAAUGUGAGCAGCCCAAAUUUUUAUUUCCCCCUACCUCCUGAUGAAUAAUUACGAGAUAAUGUAUUUUUGAAAUUUGCAAUAUCUUUUAUUUUUUGAUGUAAU